GUGACGUCAUCUGGAAUUUAAAAUUUCAAAAACCGGUCAUUCCAGCACGUCGGGGGUGUUUACGAAUCGAGGUGCAGGGAAUUAUGAAGGCUUUUGGUGAUGCUUUGACGCAAAUGGUGAAGACCUUCAGACAAGAGUGUCCUCGGCUGAAGCAGUCUGAGAGGACCACAGUUCACGGCGCUGACGCCAUGCUGAUGGUGCUGCAGCUGGCCAUGGCUGACGUCAGCAAACAGCAAAGUGGAGAGUUCAAGGUGGCUCUCAGCGACGUCCUGAUGGUGUGGAAACACUUACUGCUGCACAAACUUCACCUGCAGUCCCCCGGGGCCGCCCGCUUGGAGAACUAUGAUCUCAUCCUGGAGGCCUACGAAGGCUUCCUGAAGCGCUCCAACACGAUAGACCUGGUGGACAUUCUCUCAGUGUGCAAAGAGCUGAGAGGGGACUCUGAGGAACUUGUGAGCCCUGUCCAGCUAUUUGAGUUUCUAUCGGGCAACAAGGGAGAUGGCCCAGCCUCGUCCGUGUCAUCAACACCGUGCAGCUCACAGGUCAAAGCAGCAGUGAGGAGGGUCUUCUACUCCUACCUGAGCUUGCUCAUCAACACCAAGAACGACCUGGCCUUGGCGCUCACGCUAGAUGUCCCCAGCCGCUCGCUGGGCCGCCAGACCUUCACAGAUGUUAAACAUGCAGCACAGAACAGCAGCACGUCCCUCUUUUUGGCGCUGACGUCUUUCGUGAGGGCAAUCCAGCUCGGCGGAAAGGGCUACGCUCCGGCUGAGUCGGACCCGCUGAGGAAACACGUCAAGGGCCUGUCCAGCUUUGUGCAGUUCCUGGACAGCUUGGAGGAGAUCCUGGGGGACACGCCUGACCCAAGUGUGUGUGGGUCCAAGCUGGUGUCGGCCAUCCGUGCGGUGCUGGUCAAGGGAUGCUCCGGCGAGGACGCGGUGAUGGCUGCAGCUGAGGAGACAGCGGCCGAGCUGAAGGACCGGAUCUGCCAGCUGAAUCGGAUCCAGAAAGAGACCUCGCUAGCAGGCGGGACAGGGAUCAGCCCUGCCAGGCCCAAAGCGUACGCUGUCAAUCACGCCACGGCGUAUGGAGGCCGCGACACGGUGAAGCUGCUGAUGGCGCUGCUGGACGAGGAAGCGCUGGCGCCGCCCUGCGCCAACAAAGCCGAGCUGCUGUCCGAAGACCAGCCCGUCCUCAACGGAAGCGAGGGGACAUGUGUCCUCACCUUGUACAGAUCCCCCGAAGUGUCUACUGGAUCUUCACCAGAGCCCCUCAAGAACCGAGUUCACAGCCGCCUGGACCUGCUCAAAUCCAAGGUGGGACCCAGGACCAUCCGAUCCCAGUUCGCCUGUACCUACAGAGACCAAGAACUGCCCCUCAAUCGUGUUCUGCACUUCCCCAGUACCAGCCAGGUCCCGACUUGUGUGCAUCCUGCGCCCAAAACAGUGGCUGUUGAGGUCCUGGUGUCAGAUAAACCCUUGUCCUCAGAGGGUCACAUGGCGACCGGGGUCCUGGCUCCAAGAAGCGAAAAGGCCACGAAGAAGACCCAGGGCAAUAAGAGGAAGCAGGCGGACGUUGAAAAGAUCCGACAUGAGGACGAGCCUCCGCAGAAGACAAAGCAGCGGCCAAGGACGAAGGCAAAGAAGAAGCUGAUCGCAGGACAGGCAACGCUAGGCAGCUUCUUCAGGGUCUGAUCUCAACCUUGUCUUAUUUUCAAAGUCACAACCUUUCAAGCUUUUUUUGUGACACUUCCUGCCAAAACAUUGUCGUCUGCCGUGAUUGCUGGACAAUUCAAAUUUGAAAGUCAAUUUCACACGUGAAUACGUUUGUUUUGAAACAAAGUUUUAUUUUGUUUUACACACUGGGGUGGCUUUCUGGUGGAGGAUUUUAUGUCCCCCAACAGGGUCGAUACACUCGUCCCACCAUGCACCGCAACACUGGGAAAACAAACAAUUUCUUUAAGCAUGUGUCAUGGUAGGUGUCACGGUAGAAAAACGCUCACCCUCGAUGUCCGUGUCCCGGCGGUCCACCUUCAUGUUGUCCACGGCAGCACGGCUCCAGCUGCGCUCCGAUGUAGGAUUUAUGCCCUGAAAGCGUGCUGCUCUUCGCCUGGUGUCCUGCAAAGGCCACACACGUCACUUGUGGAUAGCCUAGAAGAGGGUUGCAAGGGUGUGCCGGAGCCUAUCCUAGCUGACUUGGGGCAGGAGGCGGGGUUCACCCUGGACUGGUGGCCAGCCAGUCGCAGGGCACAUGUAGACAAACCACCUUUCAUACUCUCGUUCAUACCUAUGGACAAUGAACCCCAAAAUUAUAUACUAUUACUAUUACUACUAUUAUACUAUUAUUUUUACUGUACUGUACAGACUGAACCUGAAACUACCAAAAUGGAGCGCAGCGAAGCAUACAAGCAUAUUCAAGAAUCUAACUGAAUGCUGACUGCAACAAAGUCAUACAUGUCGGCAGUUCUGCCCUACUAUUGGAAGUUCGAUAUCACUUUCACGCACCCAAGGGUAGAACAUGCUAACUCCACACACAGAUGCCCAAGCAGAGAUUCCAACCCAGGUUUUCCUGAUCUGACUGUGUGGCCAACAUGCAAGUAAAGUCCAAUAAUAGUACUACUACUUCAUGUGAGUGACACUUACAGCCAAAAGAGCAAAUUUGGACACCCCAUCGUCAUCCUUGACAUCAUCCCACACCACGUUCCUCCUGAAGCCCGCCACGUCAUCCAGAAUCAGCGGACCCACCAGGCCAUCUCUCUCCACGGUGGUGCCAUCCUCCGCUCGUUGACUCUGCGGUGUGGCGGCCAGGUGUCUGCUCAGGCUGGAGAAGAGCAGCAGAGUGAGGAGGACGCAGUGGACAGACAUGAUGGUCAUUUACCUGCUGGCGCUCGCCGCCGUUCUUAUAGUCGGGUAUGAAAAGAACACCAAGGGAUGUGUCCUCUUCAAGGAUGAAGGUCACCACAGAGGUGACAAGCUGAAUGGAUCUAUUUGGGCUCUUUGGACACUUCAAGAAGGGACUGUGAUUCCUUCCAGCGGGGUCAAAGAGGGCACGGACGGGGGACAGAGGUCGGGAAAUUCAUUCUGAUGCUCAAUAUGUGCAGACUGAAUGAGACACAGCAGGGGACAUUGAUGGACAUUGUGGGACACAUGUCAUGAGGGAGGCUUAUUCAAAUCCUACAGUCUCAGUUCUGUUUGAGGUUUCUUCCUCGGAAAGAGUUUUUCCUUACCUGCGUCACCAAAGUGCUUGAUCGUGUGGGGUACUCGCGGUUUUCUUGACACCAAUCAUUGGUGACCCCCAUGUGGGUGCACUGGGUCCACCAAAAGCCCCAAAGCAAGUCUUUUUGUCUUUAAUGAUCUAGUCCCAUGGACUUUGUGGUCUUUUCACACAGAUUGUAAUCGUCAUCAUCAUCAAUCACGCCAUCUUUCUACGUAAGGAGUCCUCAGACUUUUCUUCUUCGUCAAGUGUGUCGCAACGGUGCACCCAAGAACAGCCCCUUGGUUUCCUGGAAACAAAGCGGCCGAUGAGACCCUCCUCCAAGGAAAAUAAGGAUGUGACAUCAUGGUUUCUUAAAGUCUCAGUGAAUUUCCAUUGUGGACUGACACCAGGUCCGUUUUUUUCCCCUUUCAAACUAACUGCUAAUAUUAUAUGUAUGCACGUGCCGAGCCUCUCAAGGUACCAGAUGAAAGCCUGCGGACAACUUUGUGUGCGUCUAUUAAGUCAUAAAUGGCAGGAGUUUCAUCGGAAUGACUUUGCAAAUGUGCGAACGUUCCCCUCCAGUGACGAGGUUGGAGCACCAAGGUUACUGAAAAGACAACUGCGUGCUUAGCAGGAGGACUGGAGGAGUGCUGGCAGAUUGAGUUUCAGGGCUCGCUCCAACAUGAACGCCGCCAGUAGUCAGAUCAAUGGGAGCGGCCUGCCAGGAGCCUCCCAGGUUCUUGAGGUUAUUCAAACAUCAGCAUGUUUGCCGUGUAAUCUCAAAUUGGACGCGCAGAUUAGAGGAGGAUCAAGGAAGAAACCUUGAACUUUUACCACCACACCUAACCUCCCCAGCUAUACCUGUGUGUCCAUUCCAGUUACAACUAUCCACCUCUAUCCCAACUAGGUACAUCUUUCCUACCCAUCUACCAAUUUGUUCAUGCCGACUGGCUAUCCGGUCUACACCUAACUAUCCCAUCCAUGGAACCUGACCUAUCUAUCUGUCUGAGUACCCAUCCCUAGCUAUCUCUCCAUUUCUACGAUUCCAACCCCAUUCUAUUAACCUGACCCAUUUUUGUUCAUGCCACCAAGCGAUCUGUCCAUCCCUGUCUAUGUAUUCAUACCGAUUAGUGGUGUGUGAGUCAUGAACGAGCGGGUCAAAAGAACAAGAACAAGGUCACCGCCCCUAAAAUACCCAUUCAGUCCGUUCAGUUGCAAAUGCUUUUUUUUUUUAUUGGCUGGAGAGUCGGUUCACCGUCGCACCUCACUCUGUGGGUGGGUGGGGUUAGCUGACUGAAACACAGAGGCCGAGAGAUUGACCGACACUCGUCUGCCAUUCAUUCAUGAUCGACAGUUGAGUUGGAACGAACAAACGUGAACAUGAGUGAACGGACUGACUCGACACGGCUGUCCGGGUCUAUGCACAGGGGGAGAUCACAGGCUAACGACCAAGUGACCGAAAUGAACGGAUCUUUGAAUGAACCGGAAUGAUCUGGUUCACUGAAAUGAAUGGUUUUGUCCACCACUAAUACCGAUCCCAUCCUUUGAUCCUGGGCAUUUAUACAUUUGCUCAGUGGCUGUCCAGCCCUACAGUUUUAUACGUACCCCAUUCUUUUGCCCUGACCCAUCUACCCUUCCACUCAUCUAUACAUACCUGUUGAGCCAACUGUAUGGUUCAGCAAGCUCCGGUACCUCUCUAUCCCUACCUAUCCAAUACAACCUGACCUAUCUAUCCCUUUUUCUACACUAAGUGGCUGUCUAUUCCUACCGAUCCAUACCAAUCCAAUUCUUCUUUACUGACCCAUCUGCCCAUCCAUCCAUCCAUAUACAUAACUAUCUAUCUGGCCACCUUUCUAUCCCUACCUGUCCAUUCAAGCCCUGUGUCUUUCUAACCAGACCUAACCUACCGUUUGUCCAUGGUAAAUUGGUUUCUUCCGAACACUAAGGACCCCAUCUUUUAACCCUGAUCUACCCAUCCCUUCCCUCAGUUUCCCUACCUUGUUGUCUUCAUACCUACACUAUCUUCCUACCUAUCAAUCCAGCCCUUCCUUUUAUCUUUCCCUACUUAGAUGUCUUCAUAACCACCCUAUUUCAACCCAUCUUUUUCUUUCCCUUCUCACAUGCCCUUAACCUACUCUAUCUUUCUACCUCUCAACCCGUCUCUUCCCCUUCGUCCAUCCCUGCCUAACAUUGUCCAUCGAGGGAAAUUUGAGUUUGUACCAGUUUGAACCACACCCCAAUCUGUUUGCUUUGGCCCUCGCCGCCACCUCUUGGGAAGUAUCGCUAACUUUAAAGCCCCGCCUCAGGUUACAGACUGUCGUCUGCAGGGCUGCUCAACGACACUGUGUCAAGACGUGUCUCCGUCUAAGGUCACGCUUAUUGUGGACGAAAACACUUGAUCCCUCAAAGCACCACAGGCGGAAAGAAUGCACCACACACACACGUCUGUGAUGUUGACAAGUGGUUUAUUCAGCAGGAAUGGUGAACAAUUUGUCAGUAUUUUUCAUCUUUUUUAUUUAUUUCUACAGAAGGCAACCGAGCACCGUGAAUAACAGCGCCGUCGUCGUUGUGGUCAUUGUCAUCAUGCCCGACUUCAGAGAACUUCUCUCUGAUUUAUCAUUUCCAAUGAGAGGAUGUCCAAAUUCUACUUGUAUACUUUGAAUUAUACUACAAAAAAUCUUUGGCUUGUACUGCGUUUGACUAAAGGUGUUUAAAAUACUUACAACUGACAAUUCAUCCAAAGAUCUGCUAACUAAGGUACAGGAUUUGAUGGGUUAGUGUGUACCUAAAGGGAGACCGUGUCACCUUUAGUGAAGCCAGUGGACGGUUAGCAUAGUCCAGCACAAAGGCUACGACGCGAGCUGUAAGCUCACCAAUGAACACAUUCAACAAACUUUUUUUUAAAUGGCAGGGACAGAGACAGAUUCUAAUCAGCUUUUACUUGUUGCUUAGAGCUGAGCCAAUCCAACCAUUUAGCCACUGGCUAUUGGUUUGGCUAAUGCGCAUUACUGUGUGAAUGAGGGAGGAAUAUUACACCUUUGGCAUUUCACAGAGAGUGUAUGGCAAAAAUGGUGACAAAAGGUAUUUGGGAUUUUUAUAUUUGCCAUCUUCCGCCACGUUCAGCAUUGAAAAAUGGCCAAAUGUUCUGCAGUCUCACUAUACAGUAUUCCAAGUGCGUCUCAAGACAAACAAAUAUAGUGGAACCUUGGUUAGCAUCAUUAUUUCCUUUGUAACUUGAAACAGAUGCCAACCAAAUUAAUUUUUUCCUAUAAAGAAAAAAAGCCAAAAAUGUCAACACAAACCACAGGGUACUUCCGGUUUUGAGUUGUCAGUUUUGUUAGCAAGCUAACAGGAGGUGCUAGAAAUACAUUAAAGAAAAUUACACUCAGUUGGAAUUUAGCCCUUCAUCCUUAUGUGAAGCAUGAACACAUUCUGCAUUUCUUUCCCUUUUCUGUGCAUUCUAACAAGAGAAAACAAGUUAUGUUGCAUUUCAUGGGAGGGAACCUAUUUUGACAAUAAACCCCUAAACCAUAAAAAAACACCAACAGUGUUAUGUUUACAUAACUGACCAGUAUAUUAACCAAGUACAGUAUUUGACAUGAUUUUAAUCCGCUAACACAAAGCUUUAUAGCCGAAAUCGGUGCCUCCCAUGACGUGCAAUGUUAGCUGGCUCAUGCUAACUUGUUUCCACUUGUUAGAACAUACAAAAGAAAAAAAAAGGGGAAAUAUGUGUGUUCAUUUUUCACAUACAGAUUGUGGAUGAUGGGCAAAAUUCCAACUGCAUUUGUGUCACACAGUCUCCUGUUAGCAUAGCUAGCAAAAUCUUAGCUUGCUGACAAAAUGGCAGCCUGGAACAGGAAGUCAGCUGUGUCACCGGUGGUUUCUGUUAACAUUUUUGGCAUUCCGGAACAGAUUCAGUGGGGUUGCGUGAUUUCUUUUUCGAACGCACAGAAAAGGCCAAAAAAUGUGUUCAUGUUUCACUCAGGAUUGAUUUUGUUGAUGAUGGACAAAAUUCCCCCGCCCAAAAUUUUGGUGUGAAUUUUCAACAAAAUCCCGCUAAUCAGAGAGGACGCUAACCGAGGUUCUGCUCCAUUUUCAUUUUCUGUUAAUCUCCAUACCGUUAGCGGGGCGGAAGGGGGGGUUCACAGUUUAAA